AGUGUUGUGCUCGUAGGCGAUUGGGUGGGCCGUGCUCACAGCCGAAGGGGGCAGGAUUAGCCAGUGAGAGGGGUGGAGAGGUACGUGAGGUUAUAAAAAGCUGGGUGGCUCAUAAACAAGCACCUUCCCCACGAAAAACACCACCAGGACUGUACGGUCGACAUCUGCGGCUUUGAAGCAGAGGGUCAAACAACGGCGUCAAGACUGGAGCCUUAAAGAAAAUAACGGGGGUUCCCGUUUAAAACAACCACAGUCAUCCACACACCGCCGUAAUCUGCAUUGAUUCUGAAACAGGCCACUGUUUUGGAAUUAACUGCAAAUUGCCAUACAUCUCGACUACCGCUUACACCGCUACAGACCCGAAGCGUGUUGCCCCUUAUCCAGGACAAAAUGGUGCAAAACAAGAUCACAGAAGUAACUGGAUUCCAUCGGUCAUUCAAGGGCCAAAACCCCUUUGAAUCCGAUGAGUUCUCCAAAACAGGAUCCCAUCUCAUUGAUUCGACCUUCAAUUUUGACUGCUCUGCCCGACCUGACAUGCCAUCCAGCCAGCCAAUUGAUAUACCAGAUGCCAAGAAGAGGAACAAGAAGAAAAAGAGGUGCCGGGCAACUGAUAGCUUCUCUGGACGCUUUGAGGAUGUGUACAGACUCCAGGAAGAGAUUCUAGGAGAAGGUGCAUAUGCUCGUGUCCAGACCUGCAUCAGCCAAAUUACCAACAAGGAAUAUGCUGUCAAGAUCAUUGAGAAAAGACCUGGACACAGUCGCAGCAGAGUGUUCCGGGAAGUUGAGAUGCUCUACCAGUGUCAGGGACACAGAAAUAUACUGGAGCUGGUGGAGUUCUUUGAGGAGGAGGAGAAGUUCUACCUGGUGUUUGAGAAGCUGAGAGGAGGUUCCGUCCUGGCUCAUAUCCAUAAGCGGCGGCACUUCAGCGAGCAGGAGGCCAGCAUUGUGGUGCAGGACAUUGCCAGUGCACUGGAUUUCCUCCAUAAUAAAGGGAUGGCCCAUAGGGACCUGAAGCCAGAAAAUAUCCUCUGUGAACACGAAGACCGGAUCUCCCCUGUUAAAAUCUGUGACUUUGACCUUGGUAGCGGCAUCAAGCUCAACAGCGACAGUUCCCCCAUCUCCACCCCUGAGCUGCUGACUCCCUGUGGUUCUGCUGAGUACAUGGCUCCUGAGGUUGUGGAGGCCUUCAGUGAGGAGGCCACCAUCUACGACAAGCGCUGUGACCUCUGGAGCCUGGGGGUCAUCCUCUACAUCAUGCUGAGCGGCUACCCGCCCUUCGUGGGCCACUGCGGCAGCGACUGUGGCUGGGAGAUGGGCGAACCGUGCCACGCAUGCCAGAACACCUUGUUUGAGAGCAUUCAGGAGGGGAAGUACGAGUUCCCCGAGAAGGAAUGGGCCCACAUUUCUCCAAGUGCCAAAGAGCUCAUCUCCAAACUGCUGCUCCGGGACGCCAAGCGCCGCCUCAGCGCCGCUCAGGUCCUCCGCCACCCAUGGGUGCAGGGGGGUGCUAUCCAUACCCCUUCCUCCAUUCUACUGCAGAGGAACAGCAGUGCUAGGGACCUGACCUUCUUUGCGGGGAAGGCGGUAGCCAUGAAUCGUCAGCUGGCAGAGCAGGAGGGUCUGGAGGCGGAGCAGGAGCAGGAGGGGGCGUGUCCCCUGGUGGUGACGGUGGGCUCGGCCUCCGUCCGGCUGACUCCUCCCUCCAACUCCAAGCUGGCGGCGCGGCGGCGCCACAGGAGCAGCCUGCUGAAGGGCGCGCCCGUCUCCGCCUCCGAGCUGCGCCAGCUCCUCGCCCCCCUCGUCAUCGUGGGAGACUGUGCCUGAAACCAACCACCCUGCCCUAAACUGCCCCCAACUACCCCCCCCAACCAACCACCCUGCCCUAAACUGCCCCCAACUACCACCCUGCCCAAACCACCCACCCUGCCCUAAACUGCCCCCAACUACCCGCCCUGCCCCCAACCAACCACCCUGCCCUAAACUACCCCCAACUACCCAGCCCUGACCCUUACGGCUUCAGAGCCGCCUGACCCACAGCCCUGCCUGGCCCACACACCUCUGCAGUCCUGGACCCUGAGCUUCCACAAACACACACACACACACACACACACACACACACACGCACACACUACAUGCAUACUUAGACACGCUUACAUACUUACACUCACACACCCAUACAUACCUUACACUUAUGUACAUCCAUUACCUGCAUACCCUACACACACACACACACACACACCUCCCCAGCUGCCCUCUGCUUCCAUAGCACUUUGAAAAGCACAGCAGCCCGGCGUGUCCAGGAAUGUCCAGAGGUGCAGGGGCCAGGGCUCCCCUUGGGCCAGAUGGCGCUCGCAUGGAGUGCCCGAGUAGCCUUUGAUUAGUCCAGUCUACGGCCGAGUAUUGGAAGCACGCUCAUACACCAAAGCACCCCUUCCCCCCUCUCUACACUCAAUGCGUGCGCACACAUAUACACCCAGUUGCUGCUUCCAUAGAAACAAAAAUCGACUGUGAAUUUAUUCUUUUUUUUUUUUUUUUUUUUUUAUAUAUUUUUUUUAUUUUUGUUUUCAUUCCCUUUGGCCAUGCUGGUCAGUGAGUUCAUGUGGAAUGUAUUCCUGCUGUACGGCCCCCGCGUCCGGCAGCCGCCUCACGGCUUACAGCUCGCUCCCUCACGUGCGUACGCACGCACGCACGCACGCAACGUCCCUGGUGUCCAGCAUCAGACGGAACAUCAGAGACACACCUGACCUGACCCCCCCCCCACAACACAGGCUGGCAGAAGAAAUAAAGCCCAUUAUUUUGCACUAGAGUCUCUAGUAUAAUUUAAAGACACGUUAGUGUAAAUCCCUGAGGAAACUGGUUCCAGUGUAAUAGUAAUAAUAAUAAGUGUGAGCUCUCCCCUCCAAAAUGAUAGAGAAUUGAAGUCCUGUCCUUAGCACUGUUAAUGAGGUGUCAGCUGGGACCCCCAAAAGUACUCCAACAUGCUGUCUGUUUAGGCAGGGUAAACCUUUAGACCACGCUUGGAAUUGGUAAUCUGUCUCUGCCUCUUUGAGCAAAGACGCAGAGAGUUUAAUUGAAUUGAAGGUUCAAUUAUCUUUGAGGCUAUGCCAUUUAAAUGCCCCAUGCUAACACCCUGAGCUUUAAUCCUGAGGAUGACGCAGCUGCGAGCCUGUCGGAGUGGCGCCAUACACACGUUUGCUGUCAGCCUCACACCAAGUGUUCAAAGGUUAAGACGAGCACAUUCUUCCGGAGGCGACUUAAAUCAAUGAUUUACCUUCACAUUGGGCAACACAGCUUUGAAGCUGUGACGGAAGCCCCAGGUAUGAAACCAAUGCUGCCGGAGUAGGGAUCUACCAUGACUGAAAGAGAAGGGGGCACAUCAAGGAAAUAAUUUGGAAUAUAGUUUUAAACGUAAUUUAAAACAUGGGAAAGCAUUCCAACAACAAAAAUCAAAAACUAAAAAAAAAAGUCUUCCAAGAAAAUGUAGCUGUACUGAUAUGUAUAAGUUUACUUCUCUUAUGUUGAUGGGACGACUCCAUGUCAGAUUCACAUUGUGCCACACUGAUUUUACAUUCAUGUUUAGCUUUUAUCUACAAGUGGGUGCUGUCCAGAUGUUCAGGUGCGACGCCAGAUGUUCUUUUUUAAGCUUUCUUUUAUUGUUCUUUCUUUUUAAAUGUCAAUGGUUUUGAAUAUUGAUGGAAGUUCAAGAUGGUGAUCAGGAGUGAUCCCAGUUGUAAUGUAAGGAAAGAAUGUUUUCAAGAAGAGAGUAUAGUUAAGUGACGAGCAUUGCCAAGCGAAGGCAGUAUGUAAUUCUUUCAUUAUUUUGUUUAAAGACAAGUGUUGGCAAUGAUCCCAUCUGGUGUGGGGGGGGGGGGGGGGGGGAGGGAAAGGGGUGGUCUCCUGUCACCUGUUGGUCUUUAAAUGGUCUCGACUGGCCAUGUCUGCCUGUCUUGGUCAGACAUCUUUGCCGUUGCCAAAGUCUGCACUUCUGAGAAGUCUUGAGACCUCGUUCCGCUUCUCCUCUGGUGUGUCUGGGCGUAGCACGCUCUAAUCGCCGAGGUGAUGGAAUCUCUCGUAAGCAUUAGCAGAUUCUUCUGAAUGUGGGGGAAUUGCCAACACUGCUGUUUGGUACUCCGCAUAGAAACGCUGAUAACAGGACACUGAUUGUAAACCUUUUUUAAAAAAUCUUUCUACAGUCGCAUCUUUGUGGGUGUUUAUGUCUUAUAGUAAGACUUACUUGAAAUGUAUUUGCAGCGGUUUCCUCAAAUUUUGCUUGGGAAACUUCCUUGCUUAAAAAAUAAUCUGAACAAAGCAUUCAUAAGCUGAAGAAGGCUAUCUCUGGUUUUGACAGUAACUUCUACCACUUUAGUUCAGUAUUCUGUCUUUUCUUUUCUUUUAUUUUUGCCUUCAAUGUUUUGUCCAUGAUCAUUUAAACCACCGUUAUGGAUUCUUCACAGGAUCAGGAGUUUCCAAAUGUGCACAAAGAAAUCGGUGGUAAUUGGCUCAACAUCCUCAAACACUUAUAAAGGGUGAAAGGUCUUCCAAAUGCCACCCUUUGUCCAUUGCGUUUAGUUGUGGACUGCCUUGUACCAGAAGAGAUGGGAGGAGUUGUCAAUGUUUAUUUUAUUUUUAGACUACAGUAUUGGGCAAGACUUCACCAAGGCUUUGGUUGAGAAUUUUCCUCCCAGCUAGAUGAAAGUAGCCCAACUGUUAAGUUGAGUGUCACUCAAAUUUAUCUAACUUUUUUUUUUUUUUUUUUUUAAAUGUACUUGUUCUGAAUUCUUGGUUUUGAUUUUUUUUUUUUGUAACUGUCUGAUUCUGUAGCCUCUGGGCUACUACUCUUGAGUGUUAUUGAUGCUCUUGUUUCUGGCACUGUUCAUUUCCUACCCCCAAAUCCUCAUGGGAAGAAUUUUUUUUUCCUCCUUUUUUUUAUUUUGGAAAUGUUCAUCUUUGGGAAACAGAAACAUUGAUUUGAAGCACUUUACUGUACCAUGUGACUGACCGCAGUUCACGAGAAGCAAAAUUUAUGACUGUUGUUGCAGAUUUUUGUAUUGUUUUUCUAAAAAAUAAAAAAAAAACAAGAAUAAAAAGUG